AAAUAUUGAUUUCUCUUACACGUAUCAAGUGGGUCAGAAAUAAUCGAAACUCUCAAGGAUGUUUGAUUGUUUACGUCUAACGUCUGACAAGUUGCAGUCUCUAAGUUUGAAGCACUCGGAGGUUUUCUAGAGCUGCAGCGGGAUGUCACCUUACAUGGCUGGACUGUUCAUACUCUUCUCUCGCCUCUCUGAAGGUUUCGAGUUGAAUGGCCUCACGGCGUCAGCGUCAACGGAAUAUUCGGCGACGUUUCUGGCUGAGAAUGCUGUGGAUGGAAAUGUCACCACAGGAUGGAUGUCUUCAAAAACAGCGUCUUAUUCUUACAUUCUGGUCGAUCUCCAUGGUUACUAUGUGGUCAACACCAUCACCAUCUUUGCUGGACCAACGUUUGACGAAUCGCGACGUUCAGACAAUGCUGCGGUGAAACUGCUCUUCUCCUCUGAUCCGAGCUCACCCUACACGUGCAGCUGUGGUACCUCUCCCAGCAGCGUGCCGAUGGGAAGUUCCUUCGUUAUAACAUGCACUUCCGGGUGUUCAGCCCGACAUCUGAUUGUUUCAAAGUCAGCCAGUUUGUCGUUUGCUGAAAUAUCUGUAAACGCAUCACACAUAGCAACUAACUACGUCCAAACACAGGGGCAAGUAGUGUCGACUCCAUAUGUAACAACAACGACGUCAACUGCUUCGGAAUGUUCCGUGGUAUGCUUUAACACACCUGGAUGCAGAGCAUUCUCUUUCAAAGGCAGCAUCGGCGACUGUCAAGUGACCAAAGUCACCGGAGUGAAUGUUGCUUCUGAUUGGGUCACAUAUACUCCAUCUCCCGACGAUGUCCUCUUGCAUUCUCAGUGUUCGAUGCCUUUCCAUGAUUGCUGUUGAUCACUAAUACACAUGCUGUAUAUUCAAGACUUAACACUGACAUUGUGACAUUCUGACGUCGUUGAGCAUCAACAUGUAUAGACUCUGGGAACGAACCAGGGAUAAUUCAGGCUUGUUUUAUAAAAUAUUUUGUUAUAUCAUUACAAUCAAAUCUAUUGUGAGCACUUCAUCUCGACUCAAGACCUAGUUGUUUCGUAAGUUAAUAUUGGUUUACGACACAUUCAGCAACCGUUCAGGCACAUAAUGACUACUGUAAAUAAUUGACCUUGAGCUCCCCAAACACCUGCAUGACUGAAUGAGCAUUCGGGGCCUGACAUCACAUGAGACUGAUCCCCCAUGAAAGCCUCUAUGUCAUGCAUGGCUCAUUCUACCUGGAUUCACCUCAUGGCUUAGGAACAUGAUCAUACUGCGAAUAUAUACACACAUGGAAAAAGGUAUAGCAACAACCCGCGUUUUUAUGGUAUCAAUAUGUUACCAUUAACCAUAGCAAAGGAACUUAUCCGAAUUUUAUUUAACUUACUAUCUAAAUAAAUUGACCCCACGGAAUAAAUAAAUAGCAAAUCUAAACUCACAAUUUACAAAAAAUUGUAGUUUAUUCAGAGAUGCAAAUAUGACCAAUAUUGACUCAUUUUGUAGUUCUGAUAACUAUGAUGGUACGACGUUAAUACGUGGGUCAUCUUCUAGAUACUGGCAUACUAUCCUCAAUAAAUCACAAAAGUAUCAAUAACUGAGCAAACUGUCAAUAUCUGGUGUAACCUCCGCCAUCUACAAUUAUAUAUCUUUCAUAACAUUCCAUUUCCUACCCACUGAAUGUUUCAGCGACCCAUAAUGUCCCAGACAUGCUGUAUGGGAGUGAGGUCUGGCUUCCUCGUGGACCAAGGUAGAGUUGCUACCGCUUCUUGACCUAAAACAUCCACAAACGACAUAUGCACGAUGUGACCUAGCAUUGACAUCCUACUGGCAAACAAGGAUAAUUUGGACCGGCGCAGAGAACGCGUUUACGAGAA